AUGCUAAUUAAGUACAAACGAAGAAACCACAAGGCCUUGGUUUUUGCUGCAUGCCAUGCCCGUCUGAAUCUGCACAAGUUCGAAGCGACGCAAUGCGCUUAUUCUGACGCGUCUUGUGUGGUUCUUGUGCAUCCUUCGCGUGGUGCGCGCGUGCAGGAUUCGGACAGACAAUCGGGGCGAUCUGGGCCGUCGGAUGCAUACACGGCGAGCGGUCGAGAUGAUGACGAUCAGAUGGACGAUUUCGACCGCGACUCCGCAGGUGCGCGUGAACCAUUCACUCUACCGCUGGCUCAUGGUCGAUUUCCUCUGUCUUUCUCUCUUUCUCGUGCCACCCCGCCGCCUCACUUCGCCUUCACCUGCCGAGAUCUGUGUUCUCUCUGCCCGCUUUACCGAUCACCUAUCUGCUGCGUUGAGGUCAAGAUGGAGAGGCGGCAUGGGGUCGGAUCCGUUCUGUAUGACCGACCUAGUGAGGUCGCGGUUGGGUCAUACUCUUUUCCGCACCCUCGUUCCCCCUUCCGCCGUGACCCUUCCCCCUUCCGCCGCAAUCCUAUGGCAGGGCGGGAGGCGGAGGAGGCGGAGGUGGAUCCGAUGCUGUUCGACAACGGCAGCGAGGGCGGCGAGGGGGACGGCGUGGCGGGGCGAGCCGGCGAGGAGGAGGAGGAGGAGGAGGGAGAGGAUCUGCUGAGGGAUGACUUCCUGGAGUGA